AUGAGCGGUGGCGUCCGGAGCUUCAACGCCACCGCGCCACUUCAGCUAUGGUCUUCAGCUCUUCUCACUCAGCUCAAGUCUUCCAUCCCAAGGAGGACGCGGGGGCAGCUCUUCUCCUCCGCAGAUGAGGACAGCAGCCUGUACUUCACCUACAGCGGGGGACGCAACGAGCUGCAGAUCAGAGACCUGCACUACGAGGUGGACACGGCAGCCCAGAUCCCGUGGUAUGAGAAGCUGUCGGAGUUUAAGAUGCCCUGGGAGAUGCAGAGCAGCAAGCAGACCGCCAUCAACAACCUGAACCUGCGUGUACACAGCGGACAGAUGCUGGCCAUCAUCGGCAGCUCAGGCUGUGGGAAGACGUCCCUGCUGGACAUCGUGACGUGCCGUGACGAGGGCGUCUCGACGCGGCUGGGCGAGGUGCUGAUUAACGGGCAGCCCAGCACGCCGCAGCUGGUGCGGAAGAGCAUCGCCCACGUGCGCCAGGACGACCGGCUGCUGCCCCACCUCACCGUGCGCGAGACGCUCGCCUUCGUGGCCAAGCUGCGCCUGCCCACGCACUUCUCCCAGGCCCAGCGCGACCAGAGGGUGGACGACGUCAUCGCCGAGCUGCGGCUGCGUCAGUGCGCACACACGCGCGUGGGGAACGACUACGUGCGCGGCGUGUCCGGGGGCGAGCGCCGGAGGGUCAGCAUCGCCGUGCAGCUGCUCUGGAACCCGGGUAUCCUGAUCCUGGACGAGCCCACGUCGGGGCUGGACAGCUUCACGGCCCAUAACCUGGUGAUCACGCUGUCCCGCCUGGCCCGGGGGAACCGGCUGGUCCUGCUCUCGGUGCACCAGCCGCGCUCCGACAUCUUCCAGCUGUUUGACCUGGUGGUGCUGCUCUCCUCGGGGUCCGCCGCGUACUACGGCCCCGCCCAAGAGAUGGUGCCCUACUUCACCGCGCUGGGACACCCCUGCCCCCGCUACUGCAACCCCUCCGACUUCUAUGUGGACCUGAUCAGCAUCGACCGGCGCAACCCGGACAGUGAGGCAGAGUGCCUGGCUCGGGCCAAGGUGCUGGCGGAGCAGUUCCUGGAGAAGGUGAAGGGGACGGACGACUUCAUGUGGAAACCCGAGGAGCCCAGCGCCCUUCCUGACUGCGCCAGUCCUGCGCCGAGGCUCCAGGAAGAGGUGAUCACCAUCUCUAACCACGAAGACGCCCUGCCCGGCCGCAUGCACCAGUUCUCCAUACUCAUCAGGCGGCAGGUGUACAAUGACUUCCGUGACCUGGUGACCCUGCUGGUGCACGGCAUGGAGGCCCUGCUGAUGUCCCUGCUGAUCGGCUUCCUGUACUAUGGGGCGGGCGGGGAGCGGCUGUCCAUCCAGGACACCGUGGCCCUGCUCUACAUGAUCGGGGCCUUGACCCCCUUCGCCGUCGUGCUCGACGUCAUCGCCAAGUGCCACUCUGAACGAGCCAUGCUGUAUCACGAGCUGGAGGACGGGAUGUACUCGGUCACCUCGUACUUCUUCGCCAAGGUCCUGGGUGAGCUGCCGGAGCACUGCGCGUUCACGCUGGUGUACGGGCUGCCCAUCUACUGGCUGGCGGGGCUGAACGAGGCGCCGGAGCGCUUCCUGCUCAACUUCCUGCUGGUCUGGCUGACGGUGUACUGCAGCCGCUCCAUGGCGCUGUUCGUGGCUGCCGCCCUGCCCACGCUGCAGACCGCCGCCUUCAUGGGGAACGCCCUCUUCACCGUCUUCUACCUGACCGGCGGCUUCGUCAUCAGCCUGGAGAACAUGUGGACGGUGGCCUCCUGGUUCUCCCACGCCUCCUUCAUGCGCUGGGGCUUCGACGGGAUGCUGCAGGUGCAGUUCCGGGGCCUGAUGUACCAGGUGCAGCUGGGAAACCUCACCUUAACCGUAGACGGGAUCAAGGUGGUCAAUGCCAUGGACAUGAACCAGUACCCCUUGUACUCCUGCUACCUGGUCCUGAUCACCGUGUGCGUGGCCUUCAUGGUGCUGUACUACCUGGCGCUGCGCUUCAUCAAACAGAAGUCCAGCCAAGACUGGUGAAACGCCGCACCCGCGCCUCGUUCGACGAGCGCCAAGCCGUUUUCACCGGCGCUGUACACAAUUGCACUACCGCGUUCUGCCGCUGGAUGGCAGCAAAGUACUGCAUUCUCUCUCACUGAACUCUCAAAAGAGGGUGCUUGGCAAAUGUUGUAAGCAUUCGUCAGAUAUCCAUCAUUGGCAUUUUCUUGCUCCGUUUUCAAUCCAUUUUUUUUUCCUUUUUUACAUAAUCGUUUUUGUAUAUGUAAGAUUAUAAAAGCAACAUUGAAAAGCUUCUGGUAGAUUUAAUAAAUUACAGUCUACCCGGAGGUCUUUGCGUGUCAUUGUAUUAUGCACGUUUUGCACUGGUGCAAAACCUUGAUACAUUUAUUGUGUAAAAUUUGAUAACAUUUUGCAUCGCACCACAUGUAUAUCUACUGUACUCCA